AUGGUCAAACGAAUCUGGUAUAAUAUUCACAAAUGUGAAAAUUCAAAACCAGUACUGAAUAAGGUCGAAUAUGAACAAUCAGAUGACUUUAAAGAUCCUUGGGAAUGCGUGACGCCGGCAAUCGAAUCGGCAACGAUGAUAAUUAUCAUAGCACCAAGUACUUCUGCUGAUAGCGAAUAUAAUCGUCAAGAAUUACGUUACGUAGUGGGAGACACUGACCAUACGAUGGAGAAGAAACUUUUUAUUAUGGUCGAAUGUGAACCAACUUUCCAGUUUAGUAUAUCACGGAUCAAGACGUUUUUAAAAGACUAUGAAACAGUACCAUACAAAAGAAGUAUUGAAGUAUUAGCUAGUACAGUAGCUGAUCGAUUACUUAUAUCGAAGAACAAAAGAUAA